AUGUAUCAAACUGAAGCAAAUAAUUUACUGAAGACUGAUAUCCAUGAAAAUCAAAAACCGGAAACACGUAUCAUCACUCUUAAUUACGGUGAAAAUCUUGAGGAAUCAGUUUUUCGAUUUCAGAAAGGUUGGAUUGUUCGAUUCAUUCGUGGUACAAAUCUUUUGGGACGUAAUGUAGAUGUAUAUACAUCAAUUUCGGGUAAAAUAUCCUGGAAGGAAAAAGCUGAUGAAUUUGCAACAUUUGCUGAAAUUAAAUGUGAACAAUCUGGUGCUUUCUCCUAUCAUUUUAUUGUUGAUAAUGAAAGUCAAAUAGCCGGUAAUGGAUAUAUUUUGGUAAUGCCGGUUUUAUUCCUAAAUGAACGUCCAUUACGUUUAAAUGCUGUAACAUGUAUCACACAUAUCUCAAAACUUCUUGGUUCAUUUGAUAUGUGGGAAGAAAGAUUGAAAAUAGCUGCAAAAGCUGAAUAUAAUAUGAUUCAUUUUACUCCUGUACAACAACUUGGAAUUUCAAAUAGCAGCUAUUGCAUUGCUGAUCCAAUGCAACUGAAUCCGAAUUUUAGCACUACCAAAAAACAGUACACAUAUGAUGAUUUGGCAAUAUUGAUCAAAAAUCUUGAAAGAGAUUAUCAUUUAUUAUCAAUGCAAGAUGUCGUAUGGAAUCAUGCAGCUCGUAAUGCUUCAUGGCUUUUAGAACAUCCAGAAUGCGCUUAUAAUUUAAAAAAUAGUCCACAUUUACGACCAGCUUAUGUCCUUGAUCGUCUCUUAUAUCAUUUUGGUGUUGAUAUCAUGAAUGGAAAGUAUAAUAAUCGAAAUCUUAGCAAGGAAAUUAAUACAGAUGAGCAUUUACGAACUAUUCUCGACAUUUUGCGCAACGAACUUUUGCCAGAGUUACGAAUUCACGAAUUCUUUCAAGUUGACAUCGAGAAAUUAGUGGCACUAUUUGAGAAAUAUGUCAAAGAUGGACCUUCACCGGAUGUACGGGACGAAAUGCUGGAAUCAGAGCCAGGACCAGAUUGGAAUCGAUUUGGUUUUAUUGUUGACAUGAAUCAUGCGAAUAAGAUUUUUAAUCGAAAAAGAAACGAUGCAUUUGAUGAGGGUGACAGACAAUGGAAAUGUUUGGAAAUAUUUCGAGGACAUCUUCAAUUCCUUAACCAAAAAGCAUUGGAAAUCGGUGCAGGAAUUUGUGAAAAUGUAUUGCAAGCUUGUGCAGGACAUAUUGGUUAUGAACGAAUCGAUCAUUGGGGACCGCGACGACGCGAACUAACCGAAAUUCAUGGUCUUGUCACACAGUAUUUUGUACAACCAUUUCCAUCGUUGAACUCAUGGAAAGAUGAGGAGAAAUUUGCAUAUAGCAAUGAAACAGCAGGAAAAAUAAUGGCAUGUAAUGGAUGGGUUAUGAAUGAUAAUCCAUUACUUAAUUUUGCACAUUAUCCAUCACAGGUUUAUUUGAUGAGACAUUUGGUAUGUUGGGGAGAUUGCAUAAAGCUGAAUUAUGGUGAAAAACCGGAAGAUUGUCCGUAUUUAUGGGAUCUGAUGAAGAAAUACACUCAACGUUGCGCAAAAAUAUUUCAUGGUUUACGCAUUGAUAAUUGUCACAGUACACCAAUACAUGUUGCUGAGUAUCUUUUAAAAGCUGCACGUGAAAUACGACCAGAUAUCUAUGUGACAGCCGAACUUUUUACACAAAAAGAAAGUUUGGAUAAUAUUUUUGUAAAUCGACUUGGAAUAACAUCUUUAAUACGAGAAGCUCAAAAUGCUCCAAUAAGCUUUGAACAAGGUCGCUUAAUUUAUCGAUUUGGUGGUGAUGUAUUAGGUGGAUUUAUUCAAAAAUCAAUCCAAGAUGCGACAUCUUGUGUAGCACCAGCUUUAUUCUUCGAUCAAACACAUGAUAAUCCUUCAGCUAUCGAAAAACGUUCCGUUUAUGAUUGCAUACCAACGGCAGCAUUGUUAGCAAUGGCAAAUUGUGGUAUUGGUACUGUUCGGGGAUAUGAUGAACUUGUCCCUUAUAAAAUCGAUGUUGUUGCUGAAACGCGUAAUUAUACGACAUGGACAGAAGCAAUGCAAUCAUCUACAAUCAUUCCGGCACGUGCCGCAUUGAAUAGAUUACAUAUUUGGCUUGCGGAAAAUAAUUAUACUCAAAUUUAUGUUGAUCAACGAACACCAGAUAUUAUAGCUGUAACACGACAUAAUCCGAUAACCCAUGAGAAAGUUAUUAUGCUUGCAUAUACUGCAUUCAAUAGAGAUGCCAUUUGUCAUGAUUGUCCAACAGUUGAAGAUUUGACAUUUACUGGUUUAUUGGAUGAAAUUCUACUUGAAAUCGAAUUUUGCUACACGGAUAAAGGAAAACAAGAAAGUGAUAACAAAAUUGUUGGUUUAAAUGGUGCUAAAGUGGAAGUUCGAGAGCAUCUGAAGGCAAAUGAUUCGAAAUUGGCAAUUGUUAAACAAAAUGAAACAGAUGGUAAACUUCACCUGAAGCAUUUCCCUUCCGGAUCAGUUAUCGUUAUAAAGGUAUCAUCAGUUAAAAAGGCGACAGAAGCAAUCAAUUUGAUUCAAAAUUAUUUGUCUGGAAAGAAUGAUUCAAUAAAAACAUCUUUUGUAAAUGCAUUGAAACAAUCAACUCUCCAAACUUACAAUAUGCUUCUGUUCCGAUGUGCCGCAGAAGAUCAAGCUGAUUUCGGAUCAGGCUCUUAUAAUAUACCUAAUUGGAAAACAUUAGAUUAUUGUGGAUUGCAAGGAUUAUUACCCUAUUUAAAUGAUAUUCGAUUUCAUAAUGAUCUUGGUCAUCCGAUAUGUCAAAAUUUACGUGAUGGUUUAUGGCUUUGCAAUUACAUUUAUGAUCGGCUUAACAAAAAUAAUCCAGCAUUAGCGGAAAUUGGUCGUAUUAUUCAAAUCUUAUUUUUACCACUUCAUGAAGUACCAUAUGACUUAAGGCCUUGCUAUUUUGAAGCAUUAUUUUCGCCAUUUGCAACAGCAUCGGUAUAUGUUCAAUCGUUAGCGCUAUCAUCUGUAUCCUUCCUUGGAGCAGUUAAAAAUGCUAAGUUAGCACUAUUACCAGAUGGAUAUAAGAUGGAAGAUGAUUUCCCUUCAUCACUUUCGGCUGGUUUACCACAUUUCGCCACUGGAAUUUGGAGAAAUUGGGGACGGGAUACGUUUAUCGCAUUACCUGGUUGUUGCAUUGCUACCGGUCGAUUUCAGGAUGCACGAAAUUUAAUUCUAUCAUAUGGUGCUGCAAUGAGACAUGGAUUAAUACCCAAUCUUUUGGAUGGCGGAUAUGGUGCACGUUAUAAUGCUCGUGAUGCUAUUUGGUUUUGGUUGUAUGCUAUUGUGAAAUAUAUUGAAAUGGUUCCAGAAGGUGCUCAAAUUCUUAGAAGUAAAGUACUUCGUAUAUUCAUCCACGAUGAUACCAUUUAUGGACAUGAUUUAACUGUAAGUAAAUUUGAUUGA